AUGAAACGUGUUACACCCGCACAGGUUCUAUGGUACAUACCCAAUCAGAUCGGAUACUCGAGAGUCAUUACGGCGGUUUUGUCGCUGUUUUUGAUGCAGAAACAUCCGCUGUGGACCACAGGUGUGUACGGAGUGUCAUGCCUGUUGGACGCCCUGGACGGCACUAUGGCUCGUAAAUACGGACAAACUAGUCAGUUCGGAGCCGUUUUGGACAUGGUGACGGACCGGUCGACCACGACUUGUCUCAUGUGCUUCCUGUGCAUUAAGUUCCCCCAGUACGCGCCGGUUUUCCAGCUUUUGGUCUCGCUCGACAUCUCAAGCCACUACAUGCACAUGUACGCGACUCUCAGCUCGGGCGGCACAUCGCACAAGAAUAUCGAAAAGGAACAAUGGCUGCUCAACUUGUACUACAGUCGGCGGUCCGUGCUUUUCACGGUCUGCGCGUUCAACGAAAUGUUCUACGUGGCGCUGUACCUGUACGCGUUCCCGCAACUCAAGCACUAUAAUGUGCCGUUUGUGGGACCAACGCACAUCGGUGGCUUGCUCGCGGUGCUGUGCCUGCCCGGCUACGUGUUCAAGCAAAUCGCAAACGUGGUGCAGCUGAAAAGAGCUGCCAUCUUGAUGGCCACGAGAGACGCGGAAUUGGCUACGCAGGCCAAGAACUCCUAG